UGCUGCAACUGUUACAGCAAUCCUUUUGCUUCCUAGACCAACACCGGACCUAUCGAGUGCAAUUACGUUCUUGUGGCUUAUCGACCGUAUUUAUCUCAGGGGAGAAGUCAUUUUUGCGAAGGGAUGGUUUUUCACUGCCCUUAUCUUGUCGAACGCUACCGAUGGAAGGAGUCUGAAUCCAUCGCGUUUCCCCUCUCGAGAUCGGAGCCAGUGGUCAGACUUUUUGAACCUUGGGAUCCUAUCCCAUACUGCAACUUGAGCUGCAAUUUCACCCUCAUACGCGCCGGCUUUUAUUGCCCAGUGUAAUCAGGCGGAAUACACUCUCGGAUAAGCAAUAUCAUUAUUGGCGAUGAAAGGGAUAUCAUGUGAUUAUGUCAUGUAUCGUGCCCCUGGCACGCGAUGCCUUGAUGCUGUGCGGCGACUCCGAGUCGAAGCGCUCGUUGGUACACCCAGUUAGCAAGCGUCUCAAACGAUAAUCCCCAUGCCGUCGUCUCUCCUGCAUCUUCCCAAUGAGCUCAUACUCGAGAUACUUGGUUAUCACGAAGGGUCCCCGCUUGAAGAUGACACGAUUCAGAAUCUAGCCUUGUCCUGUCGGCGGCUAUUCGCUAUCCUCAUCUAUACCAUUCUCCAAAAACAGCUCAACCAUCUUCGCAAUCUCGCUAGGAACAACAAAAUUGAAAUAUAUAAAACGGAGCAACUCUGUCGGCUUCGAUCAGAGCAGCUAGAUAUGGACAUUUAUGGGUCACCAUUGAACUCCAUAUCGUACAACAUCACGCACACAGUUGCAAAGGAUCUCCGUUGUUUGCAUGGGCUAAUCGCGCGUGCAUCUCAAGUGCGUUACGUCAAACUGGCGUUGGAGAUGUCCAUGUACGAACAGACUAUCAUGGGGCCUAUUCCAGAAGGAGGAAUUGAGGUUUUUUCGUCACUUUUCAAUGUUUGCGUCGAAAAGGAAGGGCUUUCUCUGUCCGUCAAUGGCCAACCUAUGGUGUGGGACGGCGAGGGAGGCCCGUUUAAAUACGAAGUUACACCCUCUCCUGAAUCUACAAUCGCCCCUCCUGCCCCCCGGAGGCGUAACAUAAGGCGAAAUCUACGCACAGAAAAAACGGACUACCUCAAGAGAUUUUGGGAGUUACUCAGUCCAAUUUUUCCGAAUUUUGGAACCUCUAAAAUACCGGAGAAGUCGGAAGAACCCACAGUAGAGGAUCCACCUCAACCCGCCAAAGCUCAGCCCUUCGUAGUCAUAAUCUCACCCUCCAUAACGUCGGUGGCGAACUAUGAAACAACCAAUCCCCUCUUGAAGGUACACGAUCCCAAACUCUCAGGGAUCGAAAUCAACUCUCGGAUCUUCUUUCGCUCAUCUUGGUACACCACAACCCUCGAACUACUCAACACCGCCCCAAUCACUCAACUGUCAUUUGGGAACACCGGCCUCAACCUCUACGAUUGGUUCCAGAUUCUCCCAUGUAUAACUAUCCCUGGUCUAACACAGUUCACACUUGGUGAAUCGGGCAUUGCAUUUCCUGACAUGUUCACUUUCCUACAACGCCACCCUUCAAUCACCAAACUCGUCCUGUCGAACAGUUUCUGUAUCGGGCGCGUGGAGCUCCCCGCCUCGUCCAUCCCAUUCCUUCCUUGCCUAACAAAACUUGAAGGGGCAGCAGAGUACCUCGCCCCGUUAUUGAAGGAUAAAGAUGAUUACCCAUUGCUAGAUUCACCUGGUCCGCAGGAACUGUGUCUCCACCUCCGAUAUGAGGAAGGGUUAGAAGAAUGGUUGACCACUUCCGCUUUGGAGCCUUUUAACGAGGCCGUGCGGAACUUGAACGUGGAUCAUGCUGCUUCCUUGUGUGGAGGAAGUGAAGAUAAGUGA